UGACAUUCAUCAGUUGCGUCUGCGUGCUAUUAUUGCUUUCCACGCGCUCUCGUAAUAUAUAUAUAUAUAUUUAUUCGCCCAAUAAUACAUACAUUAGCCAAACUUCUAAAUGUUUCGUAUUUAAUUUCGAAAAAAAUUCAGUCAGAAAAAUGGCAACCCACUUAAGUCCAAGUAGUUCAGCGAAACUGAAAGCUAUCAAUGCCGUCAGGAGGAUAAAAAAUGGAUCUCCCAAAAUACGAGAAGUUCUUCGUGAGAGAUGUCGAAAACGUAUACACGAGAGACGUGAAGAAUUGUUUGUAAAAAGGAGACAUGGUCUUUCAAAUUUUUCAGAAGAAGUAAAAAAUACUUUGACAGAUAUAGUUCACGAAGAAUUUAAUCAGAUGGUGUCCAUGGAUUGGACAAAGUCUCCUGAAACCUUGAAAUCUAUUGUUGAACUUGGAUUUCCCAUAGACCAAGAAGAAGCCUUAGCAGAUGAAGAAGCAACUUUUGACAUUGACGAAGUGAUUGAAGAACAAUGGAUACUGGAAGAAUACCAAAAAAUGUUGUGGGAACAGAAGGAAUUAUUAUCAUUGUUUUCAGACGAUGUAAUAUGCCCUAUUUGUUUGAAAGGUGUACUCAAAGAAGUUCAAAAUUUUGCAGUAUGUCACUGCGGCCUUACAAUACCAGUUCCAAUGGGCUUACAAACUCUGAAAUGUAAUCUUCAAGAGCAAGUUAAUGCUCACUCUGCAGCAUGUUUAGGUGUACCAAAGUUUUCUAUAUUCCAGGAAGGCAAUACUGUUUCAUUGUAUUUCUCUUGUAUGUCAUGUGAUGUAUUUGGACUAGUUUGAUAUGUUAUACAAGAUUUAAUUCUACAGAAGCGUUAUUUUAAAUUAUAGUGACUAGUUUAAAAAUUAUUUUAAUGUGAUAUUUUUUUGAAGUUUGUAUGUACAAAGUAUUAAAUUUAUUAAUUUAUUAUUAUUACAAGUAUGAUGUAUUUAUAGUCAGUUGAACUAAGAAAUUCAACUAUGGUUCAUAUAAAAACACACAUUUUUCUAUUAAAAAUCAAGAUGUUGCAAGAAGUAUUUACGACUAUUUUUCAAUAAACUAUUUAAAAUAAAAUCAAGUAUGUACAAAUAUAAAAUAGAAAUUGUUAUAGUGUGUUGAUCACGAUAUAUGAAAACGUUUCCAUGUAAAUAUGGUUAAUAAAAGAUUUCUAAUUUUCUACUAAAA